AUGGAAGGAGACAAAGCGCCGGGAUAUUCCCUGAUUCUGCGGAAUCUUAGGUACACCACGACCACGAAUAUCGUGAGGGAGGCCUUCGAACGCUUCGGGAAAAUCCGCGAUGUGUACCUUCCACUGGAUUUCGUCACCAAACGGCCGAGGGGCUUCGGAUUCGUCGAGUUCAGCCGCGAGGCGGACGCGAUGGAAGCGGUGAAGGUCAUGGAUAACACCGAUCUGGACGGCAACGUCAUCACCUGUUGCAUGGCGCAGGACAGGCGCAAAUCGCCGAAUUCCAUGCGACGAGCCUACAGCCACGUCAGGCCCGGAAGGAGACACGAUUUUUCGCCGCCCAAUGCACGCAGCGGCCACCGCCAGUACUACUACUCGGGGAUGCGGUCGCGCAGCAGGAGCCCUGGCGCGCGCUACUCCCGAAGGUCACCCAGCUACGACCGCAGCUACCCUCCCAUGCGAGACGAGCAUUCGUACUACUACAGGCGAGAUCACGAUCGCUCGCCUCAGCGGUACCAGCGCCACUACGCCCCUCACAACAGGGAGCACCGGGAUCACAGGCCGGAGUACCUGGAACGCGACUCCAGGCGGUACCCCGCCCGGCCUCAGAACGUGGACUACCCGAGGCACGUUCACGAACGCAGAAGGUCGCCGCUGAGGGAUCUCGAGCCGUAA